CUGACAGUCGACGCAUAGAAAGCGAAGAAGUUUUGCAGGUUCGCAGCUUUCCGUCGACGAUGUUUUCCAAAUUGUUUAGGAAUUUACAUUAGGAAGUUAUAUUUAUUAUUUUUCUAUUUAAACAAUUACAGUAAAAUAGUAAUUUAAUUUUACGUUAAUUGGAAUAUAGACGAAUUUUCUAUUUAUUUUUAUUAACGGUAAUGGACUAAAAAAUAAAAAUCGUUACUGCUGUCAGUCACAGUAAAAAUAACUUUAGGUUAUGCUUAUUCCUGUGACUUUCGUUCGUGAUAAAGAGAUACAAAUAUGGAACCAGACAUCUUUGCACUUGUUUUGGAUACACUCAAUAGAGCUACCAGCCAGAAUACAGAUAUACUUAAACCAGCUGAGAAGAAGUUAGAAGAAUGGGAGAUUGAACCUGGCUUCUAUUCUGUUCUCUUGAAUGUGCUAUCAAACCAUUCAGUAGAUGUACAUGUUCGUUGGUUAGCUGUUAUGUGUUUUAAGAAUGGUGUAGACAGAUAUUGGCGUCGCAAUGCACCACAUGCUAUAUCAGACGAAGAAAGAAUUAAGUUACGACAGGGGCUCCUUAACUCAAAUAUUUUGAAUGAGCCUGUAGCCCAAAUAGCAACUCAAGAAGCAGUGCUUAUAGCCAAAAUUGCAAGGUUUGACUGCCCAGAAAAUUGGCCAAAUUUAAUACCGGAUUUGAUUGGGGCACUGAAGGCACCACAGUCCUUAGUACAACACAGGUCAUUGUUGAUAUUCCACCAUGUUGUUAAGGCCCUAGCUUCUAAGCGACUUCUUCUUAGUAAGAAGAAAUUUCAGGAGCUUACAAGCACAGUCUAUGGUUUUAUAUUAAAUCUAUGGCAUGAGAAUACAGAAAUGUUUCUUCGGCACAUACAAGAAGGGGCGGCCACAGAGGUGAUAACAGAACAUUUAGAGAAGGCAUUAUUAUGUUUGCGAGUGCUAAGAAAACUCACAGUAUUUGGAUUUAAAAAAGCACAUGACAGCCAAGAUGCUAUUGCCUUUUUGAAUGUUGUAUUCGAUAGAGCUAAGACCAGUUUAGAGUGUAGGAAACUUCUUAAAGGAAGAGGUAUUUAUCUCUUGGAAUUAUGUGAAAAGUUUAUAAUACACUUGACGAAAGUCGCCCUGGGCGUGCUAUCCUUCCACCCGUUCUCCUAUGUGCAACUUAUCCGACCCUCGUUAGAAUUUGCCCUCUACUACUGCUUUACUGAGCAGGGCAUGUCGCUCGCGUAUGAGAGAUUCACAAUACAAUGUUUGAAUAUUGUUAAGGGAAUACUUCAGUGUUUGGAGUUCAAGCUUCCGAAGGGGGAUCAAGCGACGGCUGCUAUAACACUUCACGCCCACCAAAUAAAAUCAGAAGUCCUAAACGAGAACACUGUAUGUCAUAUGUGUAGACACCUGGUUACUCAUUACUUCCUACUUAGUUCUGAUGACCUGGCACUUUGGGAUGCGGAACCUGAAAGCUUCGCCACCGAUGAGGCAGGAGAGUCUUGGAAAUACAGUUUGAGGCCAUGUACUGAAGCAGUAUUCAUGGAACUAUUCCAUGAGUAUCGUUCGAUACUAGCCCCAGAACUUGUGAGAUUGCUGGCGUCAUCACAGGAAACCGCUGUCUCCUCGGAAGACUUACCCAACAUAUUGAAGAAAGAUGCCAUAUACAAUGCUGUUGGGCUUGCUGCUUUUGAUUUGUAUGAUGAUGUUGACUUUGACGAAUGGUUCACCAAUGUUCUAAGCCGGGAACUGAAAAUUCAAGAUAAUAAUUAUAGGAUAAUUAGAAGAAGAGUGUGUCAAUUGAUCGGUCAAUGGUGCGGAGUACGCGCAUCGCAGUCUUUGCGACCAGCAAUGUACGAAGCGCUACUGGAACCCCUCACACGGUCAGAUGAAGACCCGGCGGUUAAGUUAGCUGCCGCAGAGGCACUUCGGAGUACGAUUGAUGAUUUCAACUUCCAAGUGGAACAGUUCGCGCCAUACGCUCCUCAUGCACUAGCUGCGCUUUAUGAUCUCCUGGUGGAGUCCGAAGAGUGCGACACAAAAAUGCACGUUCUACACGUGAUAUCGUACGUGAUGGAGCGUUGCGGGGCGAUGGUCAGUCGCGAACGGGGCGUUGUAGCGCUAUUUGCGUAUUUGCCGCAGUUAUGGCAACACGCGGCCUCACAUCAUAUGCUUAAAGCUGCUGCUUUGGCUGCUGUUGUGCAUCUUGUGAAGGCGGUAGGAGAGUGCGCAGAUAGCAUUCGGCCGUGGAUCCUAUGCGUUGUGAACGAAUCCACGCGGCUCAACGAGCCGGCACACGUUUAUUUGUUGGAAGAUGCUCUGGAGUUAUGGCUAGCUGUGUUGGAAGCCACCGAAACUCCGGAUCCACAGUUAUUGGAGUUAGCGAAGAAUCUCUAUCCUAUAAUCGAAACGUCAUCGGAAUACCUUCGUAUAGUUGUGUACAUAAUGCAAGCAUAUGCAUUACUAUGUCCGGAGGAAUUUUUCUCAUGCGAAGGAGGGAAAUGUAUGGCCUUAUUGGACGAUAUGUUGAGCGAUAUGCGGACGGAGGGCGUGAUCGCUGCUCUCAAAAUGGCGGAGAUAUGCGUCAGUGUGGUUUACCCGGAAAGGAAUCCGUAUUUGGGCGUGGAAGUUAUCUGGCCUAUUUUGAAAAGAGUUGUGUACUGUUUAGUAGAGAAAGACGAUCUUCAAAUGGUGUUUUCCGUCGAACUGUGUCUUCUGUCGCGCGUGAUACUGCUGUCGACAGAUCUCUUCUACAAAGCAGUGCAAGAAGCCGCUAAAAGUCUUCCCGAAUACGAGUCGGAUCCUGUUAAAGUGUUGAAUAAAUUACUCCAUGUUUGGACUGAAAAAAUGAAUUGUAUCAUGAAAGUUGAGAGGUGGAAAGUUGUUGGUUUAGGUUUAGCUGCCUUAUUGACAACACAGAACGCCACAGUAUUGCAACUAUUUCCUGCAAUUCUUCUCAAUUUGGCUGAAGUCUUAAAUGAUGUUAUGAAAAUGGAAGAUGGCGGGACUUACGUCGAUGGUCUGCUCGCACCGCCUGGUUCCCGACCUGCGUCACCCCUAGAAGGGCGCGGGGGUGCGGCACGGUGGGAAGGAGGGGAGGAAGCGGCAGUGAGUAGUGUGCGCACGCCACACGAGAUUCGGAGGCGCAGGCUCGCAGCCGCGCAUCCCGCGCAUGCGCUGGACUUACGCGCAGUCAUACACCAUCAGCUUCAAACACUGAAAAACCAAGUUGGUCCAGAAGCAUAUGACCGUCUUCUGCAAUCUACGCACAAGGACGUACUGAAACAGCUUCGAGAGUACAUACCACUAUAAACUGCUAAUUAACUUUUCGUUCCUUAUAAACUACUAACGGUUAUAUUUUACGGGUCAUUACAAACAUUCGUUACCGAAUACUUUACUAUCACGUACAAUUUUUUUAGUACGCGGUUGUCUGUAGUUCAACGUGACAACGUCAUAUCAAAAAAUUUAUGAAAUGAUUGCAUACUUAAGUCUUCGAGUGGAAGAGAGAUAGAUGCGGCGCAAACGUACAAUGAGCGUAACGGAACAAUGAGCGUAACGGAACAAUGAGCGUAACGGGACAAUGAGUCAUGCUUUUUCGUGCGUGUUCAGCCGAUCGAUUUAUUAGAGGUUGUCACGUCAAAAUGAUCCGUAAAUACGUAUAAGAAAAGACCGUGAGAAAGCAAUUUUUUUGAUAACUUCAGAAUUAUUGUUGUCUGAAUUAUUUUGACUUCAAUAUAUGUUUCAUAUUGUAUAUCCCCACCAUUGGUCACGGUAUGAAUUGUUAUUUAAUUUUUUGUUACUUGUAUUGUAUAAAGACACUUUCUUAUGGGUAACGUUGUAACUAAGAUUUUCUAAUUGUUACAAAAUUGUCAACUUGAACCCAUUUUUGCGACUGUAUUGGAAUUAUAUUUUCUUUGACUAUUGACAAUAUUUUUUUAUUUCUAGUUUUUAAGCUAGCUAAAACCCUUUUUUUGUAGAAAAAAGUGAUAAAAUACGAAUAAUACCACUCUAAUAACUAAUUUCAAUACAUUUUACUUAAUAUUGUUGGCUUGAAGUGCACAUACUAAUUGUGAUAUACUAUUUCCUAUGACAUAGCUUUAAGAAAUAUAAUAUGUACAUGUCAAUAUCUAUAAAAUUAAAGAUAUCUAAAUAUUUAUAUAUACUAUGUAUAUAUUUUGCACGUUUUUUUGUGUAGAAGGCACAUAUGUGUUUUUGUUAGUAUAAUAUAUAUUUUAAUACGAUUUUUGUCAAUUUAUUAAUAAGCAUAUAAUUCUUAUGAUAGACAUGUAUUUUUAAAGCCAACGACAUGUUUAAUGUUUGACAGAUUGACAAUUGAAUUCGGUUUGACAGUUGUAACUGUCAGAAAAAAUUCAAGAAAUAAAGAUGUCUACAAUGCUUCCAAUUUCGCGUCACAUACGGCGACGUCUUGCUCUAAUGUAGAACCUAGGUGGUUGUAUACUAUUUUGCCAUUAUAGAUGUAAUAAAUAUGUUAUUAACAAAUUGUACAUUUUGUUUAUAUUAAUAUCCCUAAGGGUUAAAUGGAACUUGGUGAAUAUAGUAGAAGUACGUUUUUUUUAAAUAUAAAUUUGAUUAAAUAACAUUCUGCAAAGAUUGUAUUAUUUCUGCUAAUAAAUUUAUUUUAAGGAA